GGGCGAGCGCGGACUACAAGUCCCAGAAGACCCCGCUUCCUGGCGCUCGCCCCGCGCCGCGCAACGCCUGCCGGGAGUCGGCCAGAGCCGCCAAGAUGUCGCAGCCCAAGAGGCAAAAGCUUGAGUCGGGGGGCGGCGGCGAAGGAGGGGGGGCACCUGAGGAAGAAGAUGGCGGACAGCCGGAGGCGGCCCUGCUGCGACCCCGGAGGAGUAGGCGGGAGCGGGACCAGAUGUACUACGAGUGCUACUCGGACAUAUCGGUGCACGAGGAGAUGAUUGCGGACCGCGUCCGCACGGACGCCUACCGCCUGGGCAUCAUGCGGAACUGGGCAGCGCUGCGGGACAAGACGGUGCUGGACGUGGGCGCGGGCACCGGCAUCCUUAGCAUCUUCUGUGCCCAGGCCGGGGCCCGGCGCGUGUACGCCGUGGAGGCCAGCUCCAUCUGGCAGCAGGCCCAGGAGGUGGUGCGGCUCAACCGCCUGGAGGACCGCGUGCACGUCCUGCCCGGGCCGGUGGAGACGGUGGAGCUGCCCGAGCAGGUGGAUGUCAUCGUGAGCGAGUGGAUGGGCUACGGGCUCCUGCACGAGUCCAUGCUGAGUUCCGUGCUCCACGCGCGGGCUAAGUGGCUGAAGGAGGGCGGGCUUCUCCUGCCGGCUUCCGCCGAGCUCUUCCUGGCGCCCAUCAGCGACCACACGCUGGACCUGCGCCUGGGCUUCUGGAGCCAGGUGAAGCAGAUCUACGGUGUGGACAUGAGCUGCCUAAACAGCUUCGCCACGCGCUGCAUCAUGGGCCACGGGGAAAUCCUGGUGCAGGACCUGUGUGGCGAAGAUGUGCUGGCCCGGCCUCAGUGCUUUGCUCAGCUGGAUCUGGCCCGCGCCGGCCUGGAGCACGAGCUGGAGGCCGGGGUGGGUGGGCGCUUCCGCUUCAGCAGCUACGGCUCGGCGCCUAUGCACGGCUUUGCCAUCUGGUUCCAGGUGACCUUCCCCAAAGGAGACUCGGAGAAACCGGUGGUGCUGUCCACCUCGCCUUUCCAGCCGGUCACGCACUGGAAGCAAGCCCUGCUGUACCUGAAUGAGCCCGUGCAAGUAGAGCAAGAUACGGACAUUUCCGGGGAGAUCACGCUGCUGCCCGCCCAGGACAACCACCGGCUCCUGCGCGCGCAGCUGCGCUACAAAGUGGGCGACCAGGAGGAAAAGACCAAAGACUUUACCAUGGAGGAUGGGCAUUUCCUUUUCUCCCAGCGACCGCCCCAGGCUGCCAGACCCGCGAGCUAGAGGCGGAGGGGGGUCGCAGGAGACGCAGGGAGAUCCCGCCAGCAAGUAGGGGGCAUUAUCUUCUGUGUGCCUUUUCCCUCAGGGCUCCCGGGGAGGGACAGUGACUUCAUUCUCACUUGGAGGAGAUUCUUCUGGCGACAGUUCUUUAAAAUAUGCCCCCAACGAUGCAAAGUGUUUAUUAAUAGGCUUUUCAGCCUCAAAAGCAUGUGGUACCAAGCACUUGUAUUUCUUUUUCUGUUUCACAGGAGAAAAGGCCCAUUUAGGAAGCAUCCAUGCACACCCCUGACACUUCACACCUUAUCUAAGCUUGCAGCCAGGGAGAAGGUGAAAGUUUCGAGUUAGACUCCGUACAUCUCCAGCACGACUUGAAUCUCCCCAGAGCCCUGUUCUUUCCUUCUCUGAACUCCCUUCCCCGUUGCCUCUCCACUACAGCACUUCCUCCUCAUAUUUCAACUAAACCUCACUACUAGCCUGGAGAGGGAGGAGACGGUUUACAUAACCUUACUACUGUUCUCAUUACGCUUACUACUUCCACAGGGUGCUAAAGUUGAACACACCAUUACGUAAAGUAAACCAUACCUGAUUGUACAGCCUACCUAAGACAUCUAGAGGUACGUUUGGGAGAAAAACACCUGAGAGUGAAGUAAUGGAGGUUAGUUUUAUUCUUGCCUUUACUAUUAGGGUUUAACCAAGAAACCGUUUCGUGUGCAGUCCACACUACAUUUUGGUGAAAUGUUAUGGUUCAGGCAGAGAGAAUGUUUCAGAAUCUGACUCAAGGGCUUAUUCGUCACUGUGGGUAAAUUAUUGAAGCUCACCAAAUUAAAGCAAAUAUUUUCCCAGCUGAAAAACUUACUCAUUCUCUUAAACUCCCUCAUUUGGGUGGAUCGUGUGACUUGGCCUACUUACUUCAAGUUGAAGUUCUUUUUUUUUUUUUUUUUUUUAGCUGAGCCAAAUGUGAGAGUUGUGAAUUUAGGGAAGAAGUAUGAGUCAUGUUAUCAAAUUUAUUUCACUGAUGUUUCCCUCUUCACCCCUGUAGCAAAUAAAACAUUGGCAUUCAGUCUUUAUAGGUGAACUAAGAA